CGACCGUUGAUGUCCCACACCAGACCGACCCUUGCAUGUGGAAAAACCCGACACGUUCCGCCACGCUCCGCACGCACGUCCCGGUCUUGUUCAGUCCGAGUUCCCGCCACGACGUGCCGCGUGUUCGGCGCGAACGACGCGUUCGGUGCCACCGCCAUGGCGCUCAGCUCCCCCGCGCGCCGGACGGCCCAAAGUGCGCCGGUGCGAGGUGCUCCCAAGGCCAAGCCCAAAGCCAAAGGACUCGUGAGGCCCAAGGCGCGCGCCAGCUCCAGCCUCUCGGGCUCGCGCCGCGUCUCCGUGGCCACCCAGACGGAGCUGCGCUUGCCGUCGACGUCCCUUCGCUCGGUCAUGCGCUCGGGCAAGAGUGUGUGCUCGGAGCUGGAGGACGGAAGCCCCAUGCCACUGAACCUCGUAGCGGUCAACAAGACAGAGUCAGGUGGCAGCGGCAUGAGCGGAGAGGCCUCCGAUGAUCCGCACACCCCAGUGCGGCGCCACAGCUGGGAGCUGAGUUCCCUGGAUCCUUCCACGUGGCCGGUCUUCGGCAUCACCAACGAUGGCUUCGGGAUCACCACCAAGGAGGGUCAGCUGGACGUGGAGAAAUCCGCCUCCUUCGGCUUCGAUCGACCCUUUGAUCCGGCAAAGCUGGAGUCCAUCUUGGAAGGCAGUAUGCCAGCGGACGCCUCCUUUGGGAUGGGCGAGAUUCGGCUGAUGAGAAGUGAGCUCGAGGAGACCCUGGCCAGAGCUCAAGAGGAGAACGAGUCCUUUCGACACCUUUGCUGGGACCUCAUCAGCUUGGGUCGAAACCUGGAAGAAGGCGUGGGCUUCCAGGAGCCGCCAAGUCACGAGGAGCUCUUGGAGGAAGCACGCCGUUGCUUGGAGUUGGCGCGGGAGCGUCUUGAGCUGCGGGAGCGGCUCCAGGAGGCAGUGCCGGAGAUGGAGGUGCCCACGCCGGAGGGCGCCAAUUUGAGCCGCUCAGGCUCGCUGAAGCUGGCACGAGCGCCUGCUCUAGAUGUGGCACCAGGCUCCUGCACUCUGCCCUCGCGCAACUGGUCGCCACCACCGGAGAGGCGCUUGACCGCCAGCUGUUCCGUCCCUGCGUUGCCAUGGUCCGCCUGCUGCCCGGUGGCGCGGGCGCCGGCACCCAGCGUGCCCGUGCAGACGUGGCCGUGCCAGUGGACGCCGCAGAUGAUGAGUCGACCUCAGAGCUGUGCAGCACAGGUGUCCCGCUUCUCCUCCGAGCCACCCUAUCCUUGCGAGCCGGUCACGCGGUCGGUGUCGCCACUGCGGGAGCCGGACGCGCUGGGCCCCGCUCCGCUCGCGUUGGGCCCCAGCCCGAGCCCACUGGUGCUGAGCGCCCCACCGAGCUCGAUGCCACCACGGCCGGUGGCCACUCCCCUGGCUGUUCCUCCAGCUGCAGCUGUGGCCCAGCGCCACUAUCGCCAAACGUGGAUUGGGUCCUGGAUCAAGCGCAGCACGUCCUAUGAAGCGCCACCCCAGCGCUUCACCAAGGAAGGUGGAACAUACUCGCAUGUGUGAGCCCGACCAAGGUCGAACGCUGGCGGUCACGUGUUGAGUCCGCGGAGUCCCGCGAUCCGCGUCGAAAGGAUGGAGAUGGACGGAGCACGCGGGACGAGCGCGGAGCGCGUCCGCGUCUGGACGGUGGAACUAGAUGCCUUUUGGAACCCGCUGGGAUGAG